AUGAGCUCCGCCCUCACGGCCGUCCAAGUGCAAGCACAUGGAGAUGAAGAGGAAGAUGCUGCAAGCACAUGGAGAUGGAGGGAAGGAGCACUAGUCGUGCGAGCCGGGCAGCAGCAGCAGUUAUAUAAUUCCGGUUUCUUCACUCGCUCGCCCAGUUUUAGCUGCAGGGCCAUCGUCGUCGUCCAGAGCAUUUCAUUCCUAGCUACUACCCUGCGAGUGAGUGAGCGGGAGGCCAUGGCGGGGGAGGCGUACAUGAAGCAGCUCCGUGCGCACCCGCUCCGCACCAAGGCCGUCAGCUCUGGUGUGCUCGCCGGCUGCAGUGACGCCAUCGCCCAGAAGAUCGCCGGCGCUAAGAAGCUCCAGCUUAGAAGGCUCCUCCUCAUAACGCUCUAUGGGUUUGCGUACGCGGGGCCAUUCGGCCAUUUCUUCCACAAGCUUAUGGACUGGAUUUUCAAGGGGAAGAAAGGAAGAGAAACUGCAGCCAAUAAGGUCAUAGUGGAGCAGCUAACUGCAUCCCCAUUGAAUAACUUGUUGUUCAUGGUAUAUUACGGUUUAGUAGUCGAAGGGAGGCCGUAUGAGCAAGUGAAGAGCAAGAUAAAGAAGGACUACGCCAACAUCCAGUUGACCUCUUGGAAGUUGCGACCAAUUGUUAGCUGGAUCAACUACGAGUACGUGCCGCUCCAGCACCGAGUUCUCUUCGCCAGCUCCGUCGCAUCAUGCUGGGCAGUGUUUCUGAACCUGAAAGCGGCAAGAUCAUCGUCGUCGCCGGCCGCUAGCAAGAAUGCAUAAAGGAGGAAGGGCUACUCUAGUGCAGUAGCGCUGCAAUAUAUAUCUUGGCUUAGCCACUAGUGUUUCGAUCAUUUUCUGUCCUUUCGUCACUUGAUUUGUAUGUGAACCACUUGUCUUCAAAAACAUUCUUGAUUCCAACUUUCACGA